GGCRGCAAAGRCCUUUGUAUUCAAUGCUGUUCAAUGUUGAUUAUUUUCUGUACGUUUUGAGCGUGUAUACUUGAUAUAAAAUGUCUGAAGUCUUUUAUUCUGUUAUCCUGUGUGUUUUGGGAGCUACUGUACAGCGAUGGGCCGUCUCGCUUGGUAGUUAUUCUGGCAAGGGUAAGCCACCAAUGUAUGGYGACUAUGAAGCACAGAGACAUUGGCAAGAAAUUACAUACAACCUACCUGUCAAUCAAUGGUAUUAUAAUUCGAGCAAGAAUGAUCUUCAGUACUGGGGGCUCGAUUACCCACCUUUGACUGCGUAUCAUAGCUGGCUGUGUGGCUUAAUAGCAAAUUACAUUAAUCCUAAUUGGGUAGAACUAAAAUCAUCAAGAGGCUUUGAAAGUGAACAACACCAGCUAUUCAUGCGUUAUACAGUGCUAGCAGCUGACAUCUUAGUGUAUUUUCCUGCUGUAGUUUUAUUUUGUUUGUUGUGCUUGCCAGGGCGCACCAAAGUAUACAAGGUCCUUGUUUCUGGCGUAAUUCUUGUCUAUCCUGGCCUGGUUCUUAUAGAUCAUGGGCAUUUUCAAUAUAAUUCAGUUAGUCUUGGAUUUUGUUUAUGGGCUGUUUUAGCAUURUGUAAAGGUUAUGAUAUGCUGGGUUCAGUUGSYUUUGUGRUGGCCUUGAGUUAUAAACAAAUGGAAUUGUACCAUUCUWUGCCAUUCUUCUUUUAUCUUCUUGGUAAAUCACUAUCUAUGAGCUCUUNGAGUGGAACGAUAAUUCACCUUUCCAAGUUAGGCAUUGCAGUGAUUGGAACCUUCAUUACGUGCUGGUUUCCAUUUUUGGUGGAUCCMAAGGACUCUUUGCAAGUUUUACAUCGUCUUUUUCCAUUUGGAAGAGGAUUAUUUGAGGAUAAAGUUGCAAACUUUUGGUGUGCUGCUUCAAUAGUUAUCAAAGUAAARACUCUUUUAACUCAGAAUCAAAUUAUAAAAUUAAGUUUGUGGACSACUCUCACUGCUGUCCUUCCAUCAUGUCUGAAUGUAAUGCGUCAUCCGUCAGUUGACCGUUUUCUUCUUUGUUUGAUAAAYUCAUCUCUUGGUUUCUUCCUCUUUUCCUAUCAAGUCCAUGAGAAGUCAAUUCUCCUUGUUGCACUACCUGUUUGCUUACUGCUACCAUUCAAACCCCUGGUUUGCACAUGGUUCCUUAUAAUGUCAACAUUCAGUAUGUGGCCACUGUCGGAGAAAGAUGGUCUUUUUCUCUCGUAUGUUCCUGUGAUGUUGAUAUUCUAUGCAUCAACAUACUAUGUUUUCAAUCUAGAAAAGUCCUGCUUCAAGCUAAAARCACUGUUCUAUUUGUCAAUGUUUGGAGCCAUUGGACUUCACACGGCAUCAUUUACUGUUCCUCCAUCUCAGCGCUAUCCUGACCUCUAUCCAGUUCUGAUAUCACUCUACAGUUGUGGGCAUUUUAUGUUAUUCUUCUUCUAUUUUAAUAUUCUGCAAUUUACUUUGCCUUACUUUCCAAACUCUUUACUCAAACCACAAAAACAAGACUAAAACGUUUCCCUUUUAUUUACCUUUACUUAAAUGCUAACUUUGCAAAAAAGAUACCAUAUCUUCAUUUGACAGAACUGUAUGGUAGCUAACCUUCAUUUGUUUUUUAAGUCUUGUCUCUGUGAAUCAGAAAGAUGCAAAAGGCUAGAAAUAUUUUGGGAAUGUUUAUUGUGGAAUUGCUUGUCAAAAGUGAGGUU